AUGAAUUAUCCAGACUUUUUGAAUAACAAUAUUACUCCUACCAUGAAACAUGAUACAAAUGGAGAUCAAUCCAGGCAAGACGAAAAUUCUAAACAACAAUUAAAUUACCCCACCACAAACAACAAUGCAACAACAACAAUCAAUCCUGAUCAACAGCAACAACAGUUUCAGUUCAACAAGCUUCUAUUUAACAAGUUAUCUGCCUUGGACGAUUCUUUACCCGUCGAUAUGUCAAGUUUCUACAACAACACACCGGUAAAUAGAGAUUCAUUCCAUUUGCCUGCUGAAUUACAAGGUGGUGUAUCGACCAUAUCAUCAAGAAGACCAAGUUAUGCAGCUGAAUCCUUCACAAGAAGUAAUUUCUACAAUCAACCUAAUGUGAAUCCCCAAUCACCUCAAUUAGGACCUCAAUCUUCUAAUUUUUUCAAUAAUGGCAAAGAUUUAUCUUCCAUAGCAAUUAUGAAUAACUAUGCCAAUAAUCACUAUCAAAAUAAUUCAAUUAAUAAUUAUGAUAUUAAUGAUUCAUUUGCAAAUUUGAACUUACAUACAAAGUUCAACGAUUUUCAAUCAAGAAGACCAAGUCAAUUGGUUGACUUUCCUUUCAAUCCAUUUUAUGCUGGUCAUGUUCCACCACCACUUCCUUCUUUAGACCAACAACUGCAACAAUCUCAACAGCAGCAGCCACCACCUCAACAGCAACAGCAACAACAACAACAGCAGCAACAACAACAACAACAACCAGCGCCACAAUUAAACCUUGGGAAUAAUUCAACUGGAUAUGGCGCCUACAGGAAUAAACAACAAAUUAAUGGUUCACCUCAAUCUGGGCAACAGAAUUUACAACAACAGCAACCAACACAGCAACAGAGUCAAGGUGCGACUAUUAAAUUGGAAAAUGGAUUGAUGUUCAGAGAUCAGUACAUUAUUGCGUCUCCAGAUUUGAAAAACUUGUAUAUGAAAACCAUCAAGUACUUUCAAGAUCCAAAAAUCACUGCUGAUAUAUUAUCAAAAUUGAACAAUUUGUUGAUGAAUCCAGUUAUUGUAAAGUUAAUUACCUUCAUUAAAAAUUUGAAUAAUCUUACUUUUAACCAUAAAAUCCUUUGUCUUGUCAUCAAUAAAAAUGGGAAAUUUGACUUGUUAUCAUAUCCUCAUAAUUCCAAUAUAUUUUUACAAAAAAAUGAUUUGGUCAUUGUUGAUGGAGAUCGUGGUAAAGAUUUAGUUAUGAUUGUCGAACCAUUGGUUAAUUUGAAUUUUGCAAUUUUAUUUAAUUUCUUGAAGAAGUUGGAACAUUUGAAGAGUUUGACUAUUAUCGAGGGACAAGUGACCAAGACCCAUGGUGGUACUCAUCCAACAACCAUGAAUGCAUCAACUAUUAUCAAUUCCCAUCUGAAUGAAGAUAACGAGUUUAUCAUCACUUUACCUACGAAGCAAGUUCUUCGUUUUGCCAACCCAAAGGAGGUUCAUAAAAUUAGUGGUAAAUUUCUUGAAGAAAAGAAGGCAUUUAUUACAUGUUACAAUAAAAUCAAAGAACUCAAUCUUGAAUCUGAUUUAUCACUUAUUAAUGUCGAAUAUCAAUGUGAUUUCAAGAAAUUGAUUUUCUAUUACUUUGCAGGAUUCAAACGUAUUGAUUUUAGAGGCUUGAUUAAAGAAUUGUUUAAGAUUUACAAGACAAGAAUUUGGUUGUGUGCAGUUUUACCAUAUGAUAAAGCUGAACUUUACAUCACCAUGGGUGAUGAGGAUGUCGAACCUAAAGCAAGUAAAGUUGAUGAAAAUGCAGUUCCAAGCGAAUAUGAGUUGACCAAUGAUCAGAUAUUGAACUUUUCUAUUAACGAAUUUGAUAAUUUGGCAACACCAAAUUAUUUCCAUCUGAUUAAUGUGCAGAAUUUGAUUAAGCACUUGUCGAAUGAGAUCAAGGGUAACUUUUAUGGGUUCAAUACCGGAAAGACAGAUAAUAAUCUCCACCCUAUUAAAUCAGUUGAUAGUUCAGAUAGAAGCAGAAUUUUACCAAGUUUUAAUCCAUUUGGCGACAUUUAG